UUAUUCAAAGUAAUAUGUGUAGCUUUGUUUGCUUACAAAAGUGUAAAAAUCCGGAAAAAAGCUGGCAGCCCUUUCCUAAAUAAACGUAAACAUUGAGGCUAAUGCCGACAGUUGGUGACUGGCUAGUCACUGAAAAGAGGCUCACAUAUAUUGUACGAGUAAAUUAAAUUGCGUCAGCUGACGGUAUGCAUAACAAUUAAAACCGUAUACACGUGACAGCAGGUUGGGCAGCUUGUCAAGGUGAAUUUUUCUUAAAUAGAGCUCGAUUAAAAUGGACCUGGAGGAUCAUUCUGAGGUUUGUCAGGUGCUUAUGCAGCACGAACUUCGUCGUUUCGCCAGUGUUGUCCGGAAUCAUAUCAUCAAGCUUGAAAACUUAAUGCCUGAGGAACGUCGGCAAUAUUCUAACUCUACCCUUCAUGUAGGUCGUAUAAGCCAAAAACCUGCUGACGGUGUGUGUCCUGUUUUUCUGAUAAAGACGGGAUCGCCUAAUUUCAACAAAGUAGCAUUGUCGAUAGCUAGCAUCUGUCUUGAGCUAGAAACACUGGUUCAAGAAAAUGAUUUCGCUCGAUUAUUGCAUUCUUAUGGAGAAGGCGAGGGAAGCGCGGAUUCUCCAGAGCAACAGUUAGCACGAUUUCUUCCCGUUUUAAAACGUAUGAAGGCAUAUAUCUCCCGAUGCGAAGACGCGAUUCAGCUUGCUGUUAAUCAGAUUGCCGGUUUCUUUUCUUUUGCGCCUCAGAAUGAUGCUUUCACUAUGCAGGUGGUAUUUGAUGUUAUGUCUCGCUUGCUGAUUUCCUUGGUCACUUUGGAUUUAGCCGUAUUGCACCAGGGAGUGCUACACGACCAUUUUGCCGCCUACAUGCGACUCCUGAAAUCCGUGCGGUACGCAGAACAAAAAUUGGAUGAUCAAAUCAAGGCAUUAUUGAAACUUUUGGGCGACAUCGAUCAGCAGUUGUUACGUGGUGGUAUCCUACGAUGGUGUCUCACUCAAAUAUCGGGGUCCAGUGGACGGAUGCUGGAGUCACUGAAAACGGUUUUGCGGUCUGAUCUUUCACAACUAGAAGCUAAACUCGCUGAAAACCCAAUGCAGGUGUACCGGCAUUCACCCAGCUUUGUAGGUAGCUGCGCCUUAUUCCUUCUUCAUUUCACCCUUACUAAGCAAGCAGAUCGUCGAUUAUUCCGGUCCAUUUGCGACGUGGCAAAAAAGGUUGGACCUGUUCAUUUAACCGGCAAUGUUGUCUGGACGGCUUAUGAAUUUUUCUUGCGCGAAAUUCCUGCUUUGGGGAAACUGGUGCCUACGCUUGACAAAACGAACCACUUGGAACAGAUGCUCAGUAAACUCGCUCAAGACGUCGUUGGAUACGAAAAUCAGGUGGCACUUUGGCUGUUAAAGUUAGACGUGACUAUGGGCAACCCAGCGGAUUCCGAGCAGGUGGUAGAUGAACUCAAAGGACGUUGUACACUCCUCCUUCAAGCGUACAACAUGACACGGUGCCUGAGUCAACAAUUGCAGUUGGUCGUAGGCUUACAUUUGGCAACUGCGAAAGCUAUGGCGAGACAGUCAGCCAUUUUCAUCGCUCGGAUGCUAGCUGCGCUAACGGCGAUUCAGUCCGCGGUUGUUAGAUAUCAAAUGCGUGUAAACGAGACGGUUGCACAGGUUGAACAGUAUCUUCGCUAUCAGCUGCUGCAUACUACAGUCACGAUGAAAAAGCGGUUUGCAGUUGAGAAAAAGAAUACGGACAAGAAGCUGGACGCAAAUGCUGCUAUUAAACUGCUUGAGACGUGUCUUCGAGGACCUCUAACGCAGAUUAAAGAAUUCUGUCUCCAACUUGCCCUUGAGUACGUCAUUCAAGUCAAGGCCAUCCACCAGCACGAAGUCGCUCCAUUUAAUGCAACACUUGAUAAACUACGUGUUUUGUCGAACUUUAGUUCGCAACUAUGUAAAGCCGGCGACCUAUGGGGCUUAGCUGCACAUCAUGGAAUUCUUCUUGAGGUGUUUCUAUCGCAAAUGUACCAGAAUAAUUCGUCGGUGACUAGUGACUCACUGCCACGAGUUGUCGAAGCCAUAGCGGGCGAUUGCGAUAUUCAAAUGGAAGAGAGCCUUCGGCAGGUACUGGAUGAAUAUCUGGUUGAACAACUGUGCAAAGACAUCGAAACAGAUCUUCGUCUACAGAUGCACUCGCAUCUCGUAACGGAUACAAGAAAUCCUUUUCAACUGACUCGACCACAACCACAUACGCAGUUCAAAAGACUUCUACAGCUAGAAUCAAUUACUCUACCAUCAGAAAAAUUGUGGCUGAAACGCUCCGUGGAAACAUAUCUAGAAAGAAUGUUUUAUAACCUGACAACUGUAGCUCUUCAUGACUGGCGAGCGUAUGACGAGAUGCGUGCCAUUGCGCAGCUCAAAUUUGGCGCCGAGACCAUUGAAUCACAUUUACCAGCGGAAACACUCGAUCAGGGUCCUGACGUGCUCACAGUCAUGCGAAAUAUUCAAGGGUUUGUGAGCCGUUUCGUGUACAACAUGAACACGCAAACGUUUGUGGAACGGGCGAGUACCAGCAAGCACCUACAGACUAUCAACAUUGGGCACGUUGCUAACUCAAUUCGAACACAUGGUCCCGGCAUUACAGAUACUACUGUGAAUAUUGUAUACAGGUACUUGAAGGUCCAGUUUACGGCACUUUCGCAAUUCCUGUUUGAUGAGCAAAUUAAGUCGAGGCUCCUCAGUGAUAUCGCACAUUUUCGCGAUCACAAGGAUGCUCUACAACAAAAAUAUCCAUUCGAUCGAGCUGAGAAGAUCUGUAAAUCUAUCCGAGAGCUAGGGGUCACUUCGGAGGGUCACACUCGUUUGGAUGUGCUUCGACAUCUCCUUACGUGUAUUGGAAACGCGAUGGGCUACGUGCGUAUGCUACGCGCAGGUGUUCUUGAACAUGCUGCAAGGGCCAACGCCUUACUGCCGGAUGGCAAGGCAGCAACAUUUGUUGAACUGCUCAAAAAGACGCAAUGGAAAGACAGCAAAGAUGUAUCAGCAGCAGCCGAUCAGGUUGACACAACAGUGGCGGGCCUCUUAAAUCGACAAGGCGUGGAUGGGGGGGCUAAUAAUGUUGGAAGAGUUCCUGAUCACCUGCGACUUCUGGUUGAAGCCUUUGAGGGUCCCUUCUGCGAGGAGAACAACUCUCACCUACGUCAUUUCUAUAUAUUAAUUCCAUCGUUAACACUAUCUUUUGUUGAGCACCUUAUUCAGGGUCGUGAGAGGGUCAACCGUAAAAAUAAGAACGAUGCGCUGUUGACAGAUGAUGGUUUUGCUAUUGGCGUUGCGUUCACUCUUAGACUAACGCGUCAGUUCGGUGAUUUCGAUGGACUUCAUUGGUUCCAGGCCGUUGAGGAAAAAUACAGAAAGGAAUUGUCAGCGAGUCAAGCCGCAUCGACAGGAGCUGGAGAUGAGAAACUAGCGCAAACGACGAGUUUGACAAACAAACGAAUUGAUGCGUACCGUAAAGAAUUUAGAUUACUUAGUUAUUUAUUUACGUCAGCAAGAAUUUUCUUUAAAAUCAAUUAACUCGUGCAAAAUCGUAGUAAUUUAACUACAUCAGGAUGAGCCAGAAAUAAAUGCGUUUUGGCAGCGAUUCAAGCUAAGCAUCCUGAACCGCGAAAUAUAUAUCAGUAGACAAAUAUUAACGAUUCAGGCUUACCGUGCGAAGAGAUUUCGCGAAAAUUCCUAUAGCUUCCGUGAGUCAACAAAGUUCUUCUUGUCCAGGACAAACUUUUUUCCGGCAUGCCUGACACCGAAUGAAUUUCUAUACCGUGAUAAUGGUGCAUGCUAACAACGCGAUUCAGUUUUCUUAGUGAUGUCGUAUGGUAUAACAGACUGUUUUUUUUUUAUGAAAGUAUGCUUACUUGUGUUGGCUACACACGGCAGAUAUAUACGCAGUAUAAUAUAGCAUUAAUAAAGUCAAAUUAGAUUAUAGAUCAUUCGUUUUAUGUAGUAAAGAUUGCCACAUAUAUUAACAUAGUUAACAGACAAAUGGAACACAAUACUGAAAAUAUAUAAUAAUAUUCAAUCGCGAGAAUUUAUUAAUUUCUGGUGUGUUGGUAAGUGCUUCAGAUACAGCGACUAAAGGUGUGAGAUACAACUGAUCUGUAUGCAUCAUAAGAUCGCACUGUUAGUAAAGUACUAACUUAGCUAUUUGCGAAAUACUGUACAUUCCGUCGGCUCAAUAUUGAAGCCUCUUAGAGACACUAGGGGGCGCUGCGCAGCACAAUACUUCUAACUAAUCCGCACGAAAUUGGUUGCACCCAUAAAAGCCAUUAAGUGUGAAGAAAGGGUGCUAAAAUUACCGUGAAUUAAGCUAUAGGGCUAUGGUUGGGCCGUUUAAUAUAUGUUGUACUAGUCUGUGCGACUUCGCCUCUACUUUGUAAAAAUGUCUUACCCUAUUUUUUAGGAUUGUAUUAUAAGCACUAGUUCAUACAGAUUUUCCGCAUUUCUAGUAAGAUCGUCUUAAUCGGUGGCUUUUCGGUGGUACGAGAAGAAGAAUUGUGAUUUAUGUAUGAAAGGAGCUACACUAGUUAGAUGAUGGAUGAUUCUAUUAACGUAGUCCAUCCAAAGCUAGUACAGGGCUUCCGAACAGUAUAAUGCCAGCACGGACAUGUUCAUUCAAUGAUGCAGCCCGCCAAGGCGCUAGUACAGUACCAUUUUUCGGGAGCUUGUUCUGCGCCUGGCCGGUCUCCCACCUUUAUUAAAGCGAGGUCUCCAUAGCACUGUAAUACUUCAUCCACAUUGGACUUUUGCUUUAAGCGCGGGCUGCUAAGCAAAAAGGCGCUACCUAAGGAAUCGUUGCAACUUUGCGUGAGUUAAAGAACGUACGCGAUAGGCUCUUUUUAACGAUAAGGGAGCUAUUUUAGGUUGACUCUUGGCCUCCAUUAGGAGAAUAUACUUUUUGAGGCAUUUUCUUGCUUACAAAUUGUGAUCCGGCACACUGCCUUGAAAGCUUUAGCCAGGAAUUUUAGGGUGGGUAGCAUUUCUGCAGGUUUGGCAAUACAGUCAGGCGCUAUUAAACCUUUCCGACUACCUGAGCUAUUAAGGUGGGUCGAAUCUGAUAAAGCCAGAUCUUUGUGCGAUCGUUCCUAAAGCUGUCUUAUGUGCAAUCUUUUAUGGAAUAAUUAUCUUACACAAGCCAUUGUGAGUUUAUUCUAUAUUUAAAGAUUGAUAGCAAUAGUAUUCCUUACACGGGAGUUUCAGCCUUACCGAAGUGUAUGAGAUCCCUUAAAAACUUGACAUAGUGGCAAAUGAUGUCCAUUGCGGAUGUGUCGAUGAUCAAGGUUGCUUUGAUACAGGUUGAGACAGACUCCGAUUUUAUAAUUUAAUCUGCCUUGUUGAGCAUACGUUUCUCUGUAGAGCCACAUUGUUCUAGAAACCCUGAUUGCCACUUAAACAAUUUGACCCCUAACUGUUGUAAUAAUACACCCUAUUAUAGUUAUUACUUUCAAUUUACACUCAAAACGGUUCUUUUUUUCAAUUGAGCUUUGUCCUCGUUCAAAUCAAAAACUUCCUGUCUUCAAACUGCCUCUCUCAAGGACUUCAUUCUCUUUUGCACCAAAUUUUCUAAAAAGCUUAAAUACAUGUUAUAGUCAUGUGAUGUAUACAUUUAUUAUAUUUUUAUGUAUGUUUUAAAAAGAGCCGUUUUAUAAUUAAACCAACAAGUAGCUAGCAAUACUGAUGUUUAUAUUAGCAUUUUGGUAUCUUCAUGAAUCUCCGAUGAAUUUCUGAAGCAUUGUGGCUUUCGAGGCAGAAGAAACGUCGAUUUUCAAAACUAAAGGAUAUUUUUUCGGAACUUUUCAAAACUAAAGGAUAUCAUCUAGACUCAUUUCUGUUGUAAUAAACUCAGCCGGUUUUCACCUACAAGUUUCUGAAAAAGUAGAGUAUACUAGCCAAGUUUCGUCUGUCACUGGUUCGUAGUUCAAAAGUUCAGCUUCAAAUUCCAUUGGAUACCCUUGUAAUAUAUUAUACAUAUAUUAUUAUAUGUAAUAUCCUAGCAAUAUAUUAGUAUGUAUCAGUGAAUUAUUAUACUUGACAAACACACUCAUUCCAUAAUGUGUCUUUACCAAAUAUUUUUGCAUAUAGUUUAACACUUUUUUUUUAACGAUCUAUAUAGAAGCUAUAUCUGUGAUACAAUCAAUAAUUGCCAGUUGGUAGGUUAAAGCAAAUCGGCAAUAUCUAUAUGACACAAAAAUGUACAAAAUACUCAUUGCAUUGUAUUACGCGGUUAGAAUUCGAUAUUUAAUCGGAGACUGGGAUGGUACUGGCGCUAGAACUGAAUAAAAUCGUAAAUGGUGUCAGGAGAUUGCAGUGUGUAUCUGGAAUACUAGUGGACUGGUGCUACCGACCACGACGCGGCUAAAGUGGAGCAGGCUUCUUUCGCAACUAAAACGAAAGGUUGAUCGUAUCUCUCUUGCAGUCGUCGCGGCAAUGACUAACAAAAAACUUUCUCUCAAACCACCCUCUGAUAAAUUUUAAGAUUGCGUGCUCAGAGUACUCCUUAAAGCAUUGGGUAUUGAAGAGGGAAUCUUUGAGGGGUAUGUAGAUAACAUUUCAAUAAACAUUGAGAAUCUAGGAUCAUUAAAAAUGUUAAUGUACGAAAAAUAAUAGUGGAAAAGGACAUCUUGCCAGUAGUAGUUUUGGCCGUGCAAACCUACCAGGAUGUCGAAGCCCUGUUAAACAUUACAACAAGUGGUAUACAAGUUCCACCCAGCAUUUCAGCUAUCAAAAAAAUCCACCAUGAAAACUGUGGCGACCAAAGAUAGGUCUAAAUUUUAAUGACAAUAAUGUAAACUCAUGGAAAGUAGUUGACAUAUCUCAAGCGAACCAUAGAGCUAGGCAGGUAUAAACGAAAGCGAGUUCAGCUGCUGGCGAACAGAGAACCGCGCCUUAACCAGUACGAUACAGUGAUCAAGUGAAAUGUGUCGAAAGUAACUAUUGACCGUUUACGAUAUGAGAAAAAAGAAAAACCUCGCACAAUACAGUGAUAACAUAGGCGCAGCAACGAAAAUACCAUGGACCAUGGGCCUGCGGGAAGCUCUGUGCCAGAGGUGUAGGUUGUAAAGUGUGGAAUGGUAUAAGCCUGGAAGUUGCCUAUCCUUUAUAUGUUUUAUAAUAAAAGGAAUUUAGGUUUAAAUUGUAGUCCUUGAACGCGGUUAGCAGUACCUGCGUUCAACAACUGCGCUGGAAACCAACAACGCAAAGCUGUGUCGUUUCGAUAAGUAUAUCUCACGUAUUUGUAUGCUUCUGUUCACUCUUCUAUGCUUCUUUUCUGUAAACUCCACGGCAACGACCUACGAUUGUGUACCGAAAUAGAUAACACAAAGGGUAAAUAAUUAUUGUUGGAGGUAGUCACUGACAUGUAGACUCCAGGACUUCUGAUACUUUGUACAUUUUAAACGUAGAGAAAAUAUUCGUUCAUGAAAUCUUCAGAAGUCUAAUGUUAAUAUAUCCUCAAUGGAGUUUAGUUCGCAUAGGUGGUUGUGCGCAUCUCGCAUUCAUUUUAGCCAUUACGAUUUUCAAUAAACUUUUAUUAUUUAGGAACCCGACUUUUUUAUUAGUUUCACGAGCAGCACGCUUGGCAUUAAUGAAAGAAUAUAUAUAGACCGAACUUGCUUUAUCUUUAUUAAUUAUUAUUUACAU